UUGUGGCCGCUCUUGUCUACUCGGCCGGGCGGCCGGAAGUUGCAGCGAGCCCGGGGUGGGUGCAGUUGCCGAGCGGUGGCGGCUGCGGGCAGCAUGUUGCCCCUUUCCAUUAAAGACGACGAGUACAAGCCGCCGCGGCUUAACCUGCUGCGUAAGGUCUCAGGAUGGUUCAGGUCCAUCUUGUCGGACUACACAUCGCGGAACCUCUUCUUCUUCCUCUUGCUCAACCUCUCCUUCGCAUUCGUGGAGUUGCUGUAUGGGAUCUGGAGCAACAGUUUAGGUCUCAUUUCCGACUCAUUUCAUAUGUUCUUUGACUGCACGGCUCUUCUGGCUGGACUGGCGGCAUCCGUGAUUUCCAGGUGGAGACCAAAUGACAACUUUUCCUACGGAUAUGUCCGAGCAGAGGUUCUCGCUGGAUUUGUGAAUGGAUUGUUUCUGAUCUUCACAGCCUUCUUCAUUUUUUCAGAAGGAAUAGAGAGAGCUUUGGAACCCCCUGAUGUGCAUCAUGACCGGUUGCUGUCUGUGUCUGUGCUUGGGUUUCUGGUGAAUUUGGUUGGCAUUUUUGUAUUUAAACAUGGUGGCCAUGGACACUCACAUGAUGGUGGUCAUGGCCAUAGCCAUUCGCUCUUCAAUGGGGGAAUUCCUGGGCUGAAUCAUGGACAUAGUCAUGGUGGACACGGGCACGGCCGCAAUGAUGUACAUCAAUCAGAUCAUUCCCAUGGACACGGUCAUUCCCAUGCUGACGAACAUUGCCAAGAAGACCAUCAGAGUGAUAUACUUCAAGCAAAAGGACCGAAUAGGCAGAUUUUAGAAGGAGUCUUUCUGCAUAUUGUAGCUGACACGCUUGGCAGUGUAGGAGUCAUAAUAUCUACACUUCUGAUGCAGAACUAUGGCCUUAUGAUAGCAGAUCCCAUCUGCUCCAUGUUGAUUUCUUUCCUUAUAGGAAUAAGCGUUAUUCCACUUUUAAAGCAAUCCAUUGGGAUUUUAAUGCAGCGCACACCUCCUUCGUUGGAUCACUUACUGCCGCAGUGCUACCAGCGGGUUCAACACUUGCAAGGAGUUUACAAUGUAAUUGAUCCCCACUUCUGGACCUUGUGUAGUGAAGUUUACAUUGGCACAAUAAAGCUGCUGGUAGCUCCCGAUGCAGAUGCACGAUGGAUUUUGAGCCAAACACACAAUAUUUUCACUCAGGCAGGCGUGAGGCAGCUUUACGUACAGAUUGAUUUUGCAGCAGUUUAAAGAUGCCUAAAUCACGUAGGUCUAAACUCCUGGUGCUGGGACCAGGGAUAGAUGUAACUGCUGGAUGGUCACUGGAUUGGAAACACCACCAGCAUGCAGUGAACUUGUAUGUGGCCACAGCACUCUUUCCUUGCAUCAGUAAAAAGGUCUUGAGUCACGGAACAAUGAAAUAAUUGAUUUGGUCAGCCCCGGCUAGAUCUGGAAUCACCAUCUGUGUCUAGACCUGAAGUGUCUAAUUUUACCUGUGUUCCCACAGUUCAAGUCUAUUCCUGUUCAUUUAAAUAUUGUCAUCCUGGCGAUCAGUCUGCAUCAUCCAUUUAUUUUUGACUUGUACGUUCACACAGGUGGAAUGAUACAAACUGUAUUCAGUUUCUGAAGUGCCUUUUUAUGGUGGCCAAGAACUAAUAUUUGGAAGACAGGAAGUGGGUUGUGGAGCAAGUUUUACAAUCAUUGGCCUGUCGCAUACAUCAUGGUAAUCAGCAUGGUUCUUAAGAAUUUUAAUAGAUUUUUUUAAAAGAGGGGCAAGAGGUUGGGGAUCAAAUCCUUUUUUUUUAGCAUUACGCUGGUAUACACUUCAAAUAGUUUAUUCAUAACUGGUCCUGUGACAUGCUGUUCAUGAUAUUCUGCAGAAUAUAAAGACAUUCCUUCAGUCUGAAGAAAGGUCUCAGCCUGAAACGUUGCCUAUUUCCUUCGCUCCAUAGAUGCUGCCUCGCCCGCUGAGUUUCUCCAGCAUUUUUGACUACCUUCUGCACCAAGAUAAUUUUGCACAGAGGUGACUUCAUGAGUUCACCCUACAAUUGGGUGUGGGUGAAAUUGAACAGUCCAGCAGAGAACCCAUGCAGAAGAAAAAUAGCCAAAGUUACCAAACAGACUAUUUGUAAAUUGUUAACAAGAGAUUUCUUUCUUAAAAGUUAUACAUUAUCGUUUCUCUCCUUUUGACACUGGUUCUUUAUAUCUGUUCUGAUAGAUGAAAUGGAAUAAAGCCCUUAUUUUAAAUGCUUAAAAUGAACAAUAUUAAUUUUUUUUUAAAUUUUAAAUAUUCAGAGAAACUUUUGGAAAUAUUCAGCAUGAAAGGCAAUAUCUCUGGAGGGAGAAAGAAAUGCUUGAUACCAUUGAUAUAUGUCAGACUUGGCUAGGCACUAGCAUCUCGCCUGUCAAUAUUUCCAAGACAUUCUUUCUGUUAUUUAUCAAUUGCUUACUGUAUGGAAAAUAAUAGGCCAGAUAUGAAUUGAAUAGUUUAGCACUUUUUUUUCAUUGAAGCUUGUGCUGAUUCAGUGUUAGACAUCAAUUUAACGUUUUUUUCACAUUAAAAUAGUGAUCGGAUACUUUGAAUUUUUCUCAUUAAAUUGUUGCAUUAAUGGGACUGGAAGGAAAAUAUUCUGAUUGAACUUAAUGCUGAGUUUAUUAAGUUGCAACAUAAUUUUUAACAAAUAAUUAAUGCCAUGUGGCAAAUUCGGACAAAUUGGUCAGUCAGUAUGCUUAUGUGUCAUUAGCUAGGAAGAAAUCAAAUUCUAUCAGUGCCUAUGAUAGGUUUGGGGAUAUGCAACAUGCUAUGGUGUGGUUUUAGAAAUAAGUGUCACAUUUUGUUUUAUCUGUUUCAACAGUGAACAAAAUCUACUUUUAUAAAUGAUUGAAGUCCGUCCAUCAAUUAAGUUGUUUUGUUGGUUAAAUCAGCUGCAUAAGGAAAUGAGUAAGAAAUAUAACACAACCUCUUGCUGUGGAUAUCAAACUGCAUUGUUCAAAGUGAAUGUUCAUAACUUGGAACUUUAAUAUGAUGUGUUUACACAUGCACAAGCUGUAAUCAGACCCUGUCUGUGAAGCAUAAAAUGAAGAUUCUGCCUCAGCUUUCCCUUUCUCUACUCUGUCCCCUGAGGUUUUUUUAAAACAAUUAAGUCGUUUUCUGAAGUUGGGGUCAUUUCAGGUCCGUAUCGCUCAGUUUACAUGAGGCGACAACAUGUUAAAUUUGCAGCAUUUGUGGACAAAAUGUGUGAAUGACUCACAUGUGAUGUGUUUAUCUGAUAAACUACAGUAAACACAUUUUUGUCCAUGCAUAAGUAUUUAUAUGUUUGUGAGAAUUAUUACUCUUCAUUCUAAAUGGAGUAAUCACUCUAAUGGCUGUUUAAUACAUUGUUGCUGCUUCUCGGAAUAUUUUCACCAUUAAAUCAAAGGGUUCUUUGUUCUGUACCAAGCCUUUGCCUCUACCCAGGCAUUAAUUGAGCAUGAGAGAAGAGACAAAGAGGGGUCACGUUACUUUGUUAAAUAUGGUUGUCAGAAUGUGCAGGUCUUUCCUAUUCAAAGCCACUAAACUGAAACUUCUGAGAUCCCACAUGCAUUUUGAGCUGUUUGGUAGUUAUUCUGAUUGAUAUAAAUAUUUUACUUAAAUCUCUUGAGAAGAUUGACUACAGUAUUUUAAUAUUUAAAAACAAUUGUAAACAUCACCAAAGGAAUAUGAAGUAUGUACUACUAUGAUAAAGUAAGAUCUCUACACUAAAUUCUCAUCAUACAAUUUGUCUAAAUUGCAGAAAUAUACAAAUAAAUAUUUUGACAGC